GGCGCGCGCGUUCAACCACGACUUUCACUGGUGGUGAAGACGACUUUCUGCUUUCUUCUUUACUCCUCGUCUCUAGACGAAGCUGGUCCCGUUUUUAGACAGCCAUGGGCGUUGACGUGGAAACACUGACACCCGGAGAUGGUAAGACAUUUCCAAAGAGAGGACAGACUGUUAUCGUCCAUUACACUGGAACGCUAACGAACGGCAAGAAAUUCGACUCUUCGCGAGAUCGCGGGAGACCGUUCAAAUUCAAGAUAGGAAAAGGCGAAGUCAUUAAAGGUAUUGUCUUACACCCUAACAGAACAUGAAACCUGUUUUAAAGCAGAAUGCAUGGUAGUAGGUACAUUGUGCUACCACCAAGUGGGGGCUCCUGUAAAAUUAUCAGUUGUUUGAUCUUGUCUUUCAAGGGCUCUUGUUUUUCUGUUGCCCCUGGCGACAGACCUCUGUCUCCUCCUCAUGUUAUUCUCUGCAGGGGGUCCCUCCACCAGUAAGUCUACCACUACUGUAGUGAUGACUGAUAGUGUGGGUUAUGUAUUACAGUGUGUGGUGUUCCAAGUUUAGAUAAUGUGUGUUCAUACCACCACCAAUGUUUUACUCCAGUGAUAGUGGUUUAUGACCUUACUUUUGCCAGACUGUGUGUGCCUGUGAUGGAUGCGUAA